AUGGGUUACUGCAACUACUUCGACCACUUGCUGCCGUGGUACGACAUGCGAGAAAAACACAACGUCCUGUUCAUCACCUACGAGCAGCUUAAAGCGGACACAAAAGGGCAGAUCCUCAGGAUUGCAGACUUCAUCGGCAGCGAUCAUGGAGCAAUUUUGCGAGAAGACGCUGAUACACUUGAAAAAAUCUUGGAUUCGAGCAGCAUGCAAAGUAUGAAAAUGCUUCACAAUGAUGAUCCCGAGGAGAGAAUGAUAAAGUUUUCUGGUAUAUCUAAGAAUACGCCCGUGACUCGUGACGAAGAUUCCUAUGUCACUCCAUCCGAGUCAAGGCAUGAAGGAUCGGGAUACGUCAGAAAGGGAGCUGUUGGAGACUGGAGGAACCACUUCACUGCUAAGCAGAUCGAACUUACAAAGGCAUGGAUUGCGGAAAAAUGUAAAAACUCAACUGUCAUGGAGCUGUGGGCCGACCUGGACCUUCCAUGA